GGUGAAAAUUGGAGCAUAGGAUAAUUUGUGGAUUAUUAAAUUCACACAAAGUUCCAAGCACAGUUGAGCUAUUUGAUGGAUUCCAAUUGUGAAAGCAAGGAUGACAGGCCGCCAUCGCGAUUAACCUCAACCUCUCCAUCCUAUCGUCCUUCUCCCUUCCUUUCUCUCUCCUCCACCUCCACGGCUCGCCGCAUCUACUGAGAGAAUCACUGCCGUAUUUGCCACCGAAAUGUCCGAACCAGACGACGAAGCUCCAAAGUCAAAGGAGUUUUUCAGCCCACCGCGACCGCCGCCGGAGAGAGAGCCGAUGAUGAUGAUGGAUCUCGAUCUCGACGCUUCCUGGACGUUCGAGCAGAUCUUCGCGGCCGCAGCUUCGAAUCCUAACACUCCGUUUGUUCUAUCCGGCUCCGACCAGCCUUUCUCUCCUCUCUGGGGGUUUCCCGACGAUUAUGAGGACAGAACGGCCGAAAAUGCCGCCGUUGGAAGCACCCGCCUGUCUGACUGCCAGAGACUUCCCCCUUAUGCAGGGGAUCCUGAUUCUGUUAUUGAAGGUGUGCCUGGACAAGAUGAGAAAAGAAGGCUACCUCCUCCAUUUCUAGGGUUGACCACGAAAGAUUAUCUUGAUGGAUCUUGUAUAAUCAAGGAGAGAAUGACACAAGCCCUAAGAUACUUCAAAGAAUCGACUGGAGAGCGUGUCUUAGCCCAGCUCUGGGCACCAGUAAAGAAUGGUGGCCGGUAUAUCCUCACAACUUCGGGGCAGCCCUUUGUGCUUGAUCCAAACAGUAAUGGGCUUCAUCAGUAUAGAAUGGUGUCUCUGAUGUACUCGUUUUCAGUGGAUGGUGAGACUGAUGGAGUCCUUGGACUUCCAGGCCGUGUUUUUCGGCAAAAGUUGCCAGAAUGGACACCAAAUGUGCAGUAUUAUUCUAUCAAAGAGUUCCCACGGCUUAAUCAUGCUUUGAAUUACAAUGUUCGAGGAACUGUAGCAUUGCCAGUAUUUGAACCUUCUGGGCAGUCUUGCAUUGGGGUACUUGAACUUAUAAUGACAUCCCAGAAAGUCAACUAUGCUCCAGAGGUGGAUAAAGUGUGCAAGGCUCUUGAGGCUGUGAACUUGAAAAGUUCCGAGAUAUUGGAUCAUCCAAGCACACAGAUUUGCAAUGAAGGUCGGCAACAUGCAUUAGUUGAAAUCUUGGAGAUUUUAACAGUACUGUGUGAAACUUACAAACUACCAUUGGCUCAGACCUGGGUUCCAUGCAGGCAUCGCAAUGUCCUGGCUGAUGGUGGUGGGUUGAAAAAGAGCUGCAGUAGCUUUGAUGGAAGCUGCAUGGGGCAGGUCUGUAUGUCCACAACGGAUGUAGCGUUUUAUGUGGUUGAUGCUCACAUGUGGGGUUUCCGUGAGGCUUGUGCUGAGCAUCACUUGCAAAAGGGACAGGGAGUUGCUGGGAGGGCUUUUGCUUCUCAGCGGUCGUGUUACUGUGAAGAUAUAACACAAUUUUGCAAAACUGAAUACCCUUUGGUGCACUAUGCACGAAUGUUUGGUUUAGCCAGCUGUUUUGCCAUCUGCCUGCGAAGCACUCAUACUGGCAAUGAUGAUUAUAUUAUGGAAUUUUUCUUGCCUCCUAACGGUGGUGACUAUAGUGACCAGCAAGCUCUGUUGGAUUCACUCUUGUUGACAUUAAAGAACCACUUCAAGAGUCUUCGGGUUGCUUCUGGAAAUUUACUUGAGCAUGAGUGGGGUUCUGUUGAAAUUAUCAAUGCUUCAGUGCCUUCUGUGGAAAAGAAACCUGAUUUAAUGACCGAAACACACCAUUUCUCUCCUCCCCAACCUGCCAUUUUACCAAAUGGACAGUUGUGCCCUGAUUCAUUGGAAAAUAAGCAACUCACUCCUGGACAAAAUACUCCAAAUGGAGGGACUCUAAGUGAGCCUCCUGAAGCCCAGAAUCGUGCGACUGUUGCUGUGAAUAUAGAGGGAGGUAAGAAAGAGAAAAAACGUGGCAAGGCAGAAAAAACAAUUAGCUUAGAUGUUUUGCAACAAUAUUUUGCUGGGAGUCUCAAGGAUGCUGCAAAGAGUCUUGGUGUUUGCCCUACAACAAUGAAGCGCAUUUGCAGGCAGCAUGGGAUCUCUCGUUGGCCAUCUCGCAAGAUAAAUAAAGUCAAUCGUUCCCUGUCAAAGCUUAAACGUGUAAUUGAAUCUGUGCAAGGAACUGAUGGAGCACCAUUCACAUUGAGCACAAUAGCACCAAAUUCAGUUCCUGUUGCAGUGGGAUCAAUUUCUUGGCCGGCAACUGCUAUCGAGUCCAACUGCCAGAAUUCACCUCCCUCCAGACCUUCUGAAUCUCCUGAAGGAAAGAGUGAGUUCCUCAACCAUAGAGAACUUGGAAGUCAUGAUCAAGCUGAACCUUCAAAUCAAAUUCUUGAAGGACAGGUUUUGGGGAAUCAUGAGCUUCCACAUCAACAAAAUGGUUUUGCAGUGGGUGAAGGCUCAAACAGGUCAAGAACAGGGAGUGGCUCGAGAGAAGAGAGCAUAGGAACCCCUACUUCCCAUGGCUCAUGCCAAGCUAGUCCUUCCCCUGGAAAUGAACCCUCACCCCAGAAUGAGCUCGUUGUUUCUCCCACUUGUGACCCUGCCAUGGAAACACUCAACACAUUGGGAAUAGCUUGUCAACCGGCAAGAGAGAUCAAUUUGGCAUCUGCAUUUGCAUCCCUCGAUGCUCUGGUUGCCGAGCAAUUCCAAAAGCCAUUCGGGGGAAUGCUUGUUGAGGAUGCAGGUAGUUCACAUGAUCUUAGGAAUCUCUGCCAAGCUGGAGAAGCUCAGUUUGAUGAACGCAUGCCAGAAAACAGUUUGACGCACCCACCAUGUUCUGAUGCGAUUCCCUUAGAUCAUCACAUCACUAAUGCUACUGAAAGGGUGCCCCAACAUCCUGCCAGGCCAGAAGUGACAUCUAUCACAAUAAAAGCUACAUACGGAGAAGAUAUCAUAAGGUUUCGACUAUGUCUGGGCUCUGGCAUAGUGAAAUUACAGGAGGAAGUAGCAAAGAGGUUGAAACUAGAGCUGGGCACCUUCGAAGUCAAGUAUCUAGAUGACGAUCACGAGUGGGUUUUAAUUGCGUGCGAUGCAGACUUGCAGGAAUGCAUCGAAAUAUCAAGAUCAUCAGGUGGAAAUAUAACAAGACUGUUGAUUCAAGACAUCAUGCCCCAUCUUGGAAGCUCCUGUGAAAGUUCAGGUGAAUGAUUAGGAAAUAGAACUUGUACAUAGCUUGUAGAACCAUUCUUGCAGUUAAGUGUAGGGUUUAAAUUUUGGUUUUUACAAAUUGUAAGAAAUUUUCAAUUGUAUUAUUGUUUCUAGGUUCUAGGCAAAUAAGGCUUUCCCUUUCCUCCUUUUUGUUGCUACAGAAGAUUUCCACUGUUCUUUUCUUAUCUGAAA